AUGCCAAACGAUAAGACAGAAAAAAACAAAGAACUUGAACUAAGACUUAACGAAUUUUCAGGGGUAAUUACAAAGAGUGGGUCAAUUUUAAUAAAAUUAAACAGCGGAAAAACACUAGAAGAAGCAAUAACUGACUUAAUAAAUGAAAACAUUAAAUUAAAGAAAAAAGUUAAAGAAUUAGAAGAUGAAAAAAUAGACAAAGUAAAGUGGAUGGAAUUGUUAAAGGAGGUACUUGGCAAGGAGAAUUUUGAUGAAAAUGGUAAAUAUAAGGGGGCGGCAUCAACCGCGACUCAGCAACCUGCUACUUCUCCCUCACAAACACAGAAGCCUGGAAGUACAGCCAAAGAAGAUCCUGGCUUUUCUAUUGAUGAUGCUAAGACAGUUUAUGAUAAUGGUUGGAGAAAUAUUACUAAUAAGUAUAGUUCAGAAGGUCAAACAAGUGAAGGUAUUGACCAAAAAAAACACCAAAAAGGCGAAAUAGAGAAAGUUCACAAAUUAUUGAACAAGAUAGACAAACAAACCGAUUUAUCUAAUUUACCAAAAGACAGCCAAAUUAACAUAAUUACUUACGAUGAAAAUAAGGUUCCUAGUAGUAUAAACUAUGCGAAUGUUAAGAAAAAUAGAGAUGAUAAAAAAUUAAAGUUGUUUAGAAAUGUUUUUGAAGGAAACAACCCUCCUACACCUAGAAUUAACGAUGAUGAUUUGAAAAACAAAGGUAAGCAGAACUACGAAGGACUAGCGGUUAAAGUUUUAUUUCAUAAUAAGGAAGAAAUAGACAAAGUUAAUAACUUAAUUAAAGAGAUUAAUAGUAAAAAGAAUUUUAAAGAGUUGGAUGAAGCCUCGGAUAUUAAGGAUAAUGGUGAAGGUGAUAUUCAAGUAACUAACCCUGAUGACUCGGAACAUCCAUUAGUUGGUUUUGAUGCCAUUAAUGUCGAUAAAUUAACCCUCGGUCAAACUGCUUGGCGUGAAGGAAUGGUUGGCGGUUCUGCAGAAGCCUCGGAUAUUCAAAAUGAUGGAUCCGAUAAUGUACAAGUAAUUCAUCCUACAUCAGGAGAAAAGGUAAUUGGAUAUGAUAAAAUUAUUGCUCUAGGAGAUAAGUCAGUCCUAAAAAGUACUUCAACAACUCCAGUUACUACUUUACCUGCUACUGAUCAAGGAAAGGGCGGAGCAAAUACUGAUCAAACGGCAGUAAGAAAUAACUCACUUGAUAACGCUAUUAUGGAUGAUUGGUUUAAAAAAACUAAAACUGGUGGAGGAUCUAUUUUGGAUGAUGGUAGACAGAAAGAGGAUGUCGAAUGGAAAUUUAAAGUCAAAAGAAGUACUUUUUCUUAUUUUUUAAAUGAGCCAUAUAAUGAAGUAAAUGGAGUAUCCACAGCUAAAAUAAUUAAUCAAUUCUUGCAAGAUAACGAAGUUGAAUUUACUGAUGAAAAAGGAAAUAAAAUAACAACUUCUGAUCCAAAUAAGGUUGAAGAUAUGACUCCGUGGUUGAUAGGGCUAGGAGGAUUUGAUACGACUAAGGAAGAUGAAAACGAAAAGUGCGGGUUUGAUCCUGAAAAUCCAGAGUUUUGUGAAGUUGGUAAUCCUCAAAAAGGGUUACUCCCAAUUGGCACUGGAGUAGGAAAGACAACUAAAACCGUUGCCUGUUUAUGUAAUGGUGGACAAAAGAAUGCUGUGUUAGUUUGUCCAAAUAAAGGACUAGCUCAAUCAGCCUAUGACAAUCAUUCCAGUUGGUUGCAAAAAUGGGGCUGUGUUUAUCACAAAUUUAAUCGUCGAAUAGUGGAGGAAGAAGUAGUUAAGGAAAAAGUAGUCCGUUAUGAUACCCAUGGAACUUAUCAAGUGGUAUUAAAUGAUGUCAUCAUUUCUAAGAAGAAAUUGGCUGACAAGGAUGAGAAAGAUAAUGAUAUUCCAGGAACGGAAAAGUUACGAUGGGGAGUUUCAAUAAUGGAUCCGGGACAUUUUGAUGGUUUCCUAACUCGGGCUGUUUGGAAUAAACAAAGAUUUCAAGAUCCUUCUGAUAAUAAUAAAACUAAAAUAGCUCCUAAUUUACUUAAGCCUUAUGGUCCGACGGGUAAAGAAAAAGGAACUGAAUUAGUUCCAAAUGUUACUGCUGAUACUGUAAAAGAAAUAAAAACUAAGAAAAUUCCUGAUGAUGUUAUUAUUCUCUUUGACGAAGCUCAUUUGACAUUCAAUAGCACUUAUCGAGAACUGUUUGAAGAUGCUAUUGAAUUAGGAUAUAAUGUGUUGAAAAUGAGUGCUACUUUUCCAGGUAAACCGUUUUCGAUCACUACAACUUUCCCACGAAAGAACCUUUACAUGAAUUACUUACCUGAAAGUUAUAAAAAUAGUGAUGGGGAAGUGGUCGAUUUCAAUGCUCAAUUAGCUAAAAGUAGAAUAGGAAUCUUUUUAAAAGAUGUAGUCAACAAAGAAGUUAUUGAAGAUAAAAAAAACAAGAAGACGAUUAUUAAAGAAAAUUCUCUAGUUACUAAAGUUUUAAGCGACGAAAAUAUUCCUUAUGUUAUUAUUAAUGAAACUAACCAAAAGUUCUUUGAAACUAUUACUUCUGGAAUGCCUGAUGGUUCAGUUGUAAUUAUUGAUAAUUCAAGAGAAAUGGGAUAUACUCCUAAUUUUGAUAUUAUUAUUUGUUCGGCUUCAAUGGUUCAACAGAUUGGUCGGGUAGCCCGAAUUAUGAAUGGAACAGCAAUUAUUCUUUCCAAAAAAACACAAGAACCAAAGACUGAAAUAUUAGAUAGGAAAGGGAAUAAAAUUGAGGAUGUGGCGGUUCAUGUAGUUAGAGCAGCGUUAAUGGGAAAUAUGGAUUCUCUAAAAGAAAUUAGUUUUGGUAAAAACUUAAACCUAUUAAGAGCUGCUAUUUCCUUGCCAGGAGAUUGUGAUAAUGAAGAUGAUAAAACAGGCAAGUUUGGCUUGCCGCCAGAAGUAUUAAUAGUAGGAGCUGCGGGAACUCAGACAGCUAGUUAUGUUAAACCAACUUUCCAUCGAGAGUUAACGACUUUUAAUGAAAGAGAAACCAGAGAAAUUUUAAAAAUGAUGGUUCAAACUUAUAUUAAUAAAGAUAAAGAAUUUCCUAAACAAUUGCACACUACCGUUAUUUCGUCAUUGAUUGGGCAGUUAUACGAUGGAUCAGAUCCUAAAAAUAAAGGUCGGGGGCUUGGUCAAUUUAAGUUAGAAGUAGAGGAUGUCGAGAAAAUUUUUCAUACGGUAAUGAAAGAUAAAUUGGCUGAAAUAGUAGAUAUUUAUCGUUUAGUUUUGGGAACGAAAGUUGAUAUUCCUUGGCGAGAUAUUGAUCCUGAUGAUCCAAAUAAGGGAAAAAAUUUGGUAGUUGAAUUAAAGUAUCCAGCACCUAUUGGUAAGAGAGCAAUUUUUUUAGAAAGUGAAGAAGAGAAACAAUUGAAGAGCAAAAUAAAAUUCAUUUUAGAAGCAGCGAAUUUAAAUAUCUUUGAUGAAGUAAAAGAAGUGUUAGAAAGAGACACCUUAGAAGGAUACGAUAUUUUGGCAAUAGAACUGAGAACUUCUCCUUUAUGUAAUAAACUAAUUGAUGCAAUAGGUACAAAUAGAGCUAAUAAAGUAGUUUAUGAGUUAGAACAAUUGAUGCGUAACCUAGAGCAACUACAAACAAAUAUUGGGGUAAAUACAGAAAAAGAUUUAACAAUUGCAAAAUCAUUCAAAGAUAUUCAAGAUAGUAGUUGGGAUAAAGUAAUUUUUCCUAACGUGGGCACUAUAAUUACAGAUCGUCGUGUUUUUAAACGUAGGGGGUGGGAUCACCGAGUUAGUGUUAGUUUUACAAGUGCCAUUUCUACUGUUCCACAUACUUCUGUUACUAAUUACAAAAUUUUCACAGGUUCCGAAGGCAGAUAUGAAUUUAGUAGUUAUCAGGCUUGGAGUGAUACAGUGAACACUUUUAAUAAUAGUCGUGGGAUAUUUACUUCUUAUGAUACGAUCAAAAACAAACCUAUCCGGGGUUUUUUGCUGUUACAUACCAUUAAUAGUGUACUUAAUGAUGCAUUUUAUGUAAGUGGUAAAAGCGAGAACUUCACUAGUAUUAUAAUCAAUGGAAAAGAAUACUACAAAAUGAAAAAACAGGCAAUAUUCAACUACAUAAAAAAAUACUCUGUUGACAGUUUUAUGCUUGAAAUAACCUAUCCUGCUGGAGUAGAAUUUGAUGCAAAAGAAUUUGAAGGAGUAGCAGGAGCCAAAUUUGUUGCACCUGGUGGAGGUAAACCGGCAGGGGCUGGAACUCCUGGAAACACACCUUCAACUCCAAACCAAGGAGGUCUUACCCAAGCAGACAAAGACAAACUUUUAGCAAGUGCAAAAAACAACGCAAAACAAAAACUAGCCGAUUUCUAUCUCAAGACACUGGGUAUUGAUAAUACGCUUAUUGAGGAAAAAUAUAAGGAUGAUAAAAAUUGGACAAACGCAUAUGGUAUGGGAUUUAAUUUAGAUGAUAUUAUCGACAAGUAUCUGACCUUAGAAAAUGAAAAAGAUGCCAAAAAGGCCUUUAGAGUGGUGGCUUGUAUUUGUGCUACAGAAAAGAUAGAGCAAUUAAAUGAAACCUACAAAAAUUUUAACCCUAAACCAGCACGUUUUCUGAAGGCAAUUUCGAAGGUAAAUGAUGAAUGUAAAAGAGUAGUAGAAAAUUUGGUGCAAGAAAACCAAUUGCAAGCUUCGCAAUUACAACCCCUUAAAACAGAAAAUUCAACAACAAUUUCAAUAAAACGUGAGGAUUUAUCAAUAGAAAAAACUGUUUUUCAAAUUUUAAAAGAAGGAGGAGGAAAUAAAAACAAGGCAGAAACAUAUUUAAAUUGGUUAAAAAAAGAAUACCCAAGUACAGCAGUGGGAAUAGAUGAAGUUUGGGCACGAAAAGAAGCAGAAGAAAUAUUAAAUAAUAAAUUAUUUAGUAGUAAUAAUUCGGAUAAUGAAAUUAUAAAAGAUUUAAAGACCCAGUCAAUAGCGAAUUUGAUAGAUGGUUUUGAUUUAUGUAAAGUAGAUGAGAUUGCUUAUACUAUAGAAAUUUGCAAAAAUUUGAAUGAAUUAGUACAAAGAACCCGAGAGACUGUGGUUAACGAUUUAAAAACUGCUAAGGAAAAUUAUAAAACAAAAAGACCUGAUGGUCAACCUUGGGCUUUACCCUUAACCAAGGCAGAAAAAGAUAAAAUUGAUGAGGCUGCUAAUAAAGAUGAUUUAGAUGAUGUGGCAAAGAAAAUAAAAGAAGAACAAGAUAAGUAUGAAUUAGAUAAGGAGUUGAUAACAACUGAGCAAGACAUUGAUAAAGAAUUAGGUUCUAAAAAACUUCCACCCGGCUUUAAGGAUAAUGUAAAAUUAACCCUUUUAGCAAAACAAAUUAACCUUUUGCCAGAACCAACUGAUGUUCUAGGAAAGAUUAAAAAGCACUUAAUGGACACCAAAUAUAACUGGAGGAAGUGGGAAUAUUUAAUCGAUAAUGAAAAGACAGAUGAUGAAGAUUAUACAGUGGCUUCAAUGUAUAACCAAACUUUUAGAAAAGAAGUGGCUGAGCAUGUGCUACCUAAAAUUGAAGUAGCAAUAAACACUAACACUAUAGAAGGUUAUAAAAAUCUGGAUAAAGAGUGGAGCGGUGAAGCAAAUAUUGAUAAAAAAAGUGAGGUGAAUUAUAAUUUAAAGCGUGAUUACUUUGGGGCUUGGAUUAUUUUAAGAAGUCUUCUAAAAGAAACAACAAAUAAGAAAGAAAGUUUAGAUGAUUUAAAAAAUUUAGCAAAAGAUGCAUUGGGAUUAAGUAUUGAAGACAAUAAAACCCCAGACCAAGUCAUAACAGUUAUUACAGAUGAGAUAAAAAAACUAAAACAGAGCAAUGAUGAUAUAAAGGAGAAGUUUCCAGACUU